GGAAGGGAAAUGGCAGGGUCCAUCAACAGAAAACUCUUCUCCCCUGUGGUGAGGAACCAAACUACGGGAGGGAACUUACUAGGCUCUGAGGAUUCAUUUAUUUCAUAGGAGGAAACAUUUUCUAGAGUGACAAAGCCCAGUCAUGCAAGUCCUUAUGGGAGACAUUCAAGUCCCCUGCUCAUUUGACACAGGUUGAAUGGUUGCCACUGUUACCGAGACCUUUUCCAGGGAACAUUUUGAGUGUAAAGGAGAAGCGUUUUAAAGGAAUGUGGGUGGUUGACCUUGAAGCUGGCGAAUGGCUUGUCAAUACCCUGCCUUGGUAAUACGCAGCUUGAUGUGGAGGGUGUGGGCAAGGUGGUUCCACAGUGAGGUGUAUUGGUUGUUACUAAACAUCCCACAGGCCCUGUCACUAAAAUAAGAAAAGAGCUGUGUCAGGCCUAGUUGGAAUGGACGCAAUGAAAGAAAGCAAUAAGCUUUUGCCAUUUCAUCCUAUUUCUAGGUCAGACAACAAUAGUGUUAAAUCUUUUAGUGGAUUUGUAAAGGUGCUUUCUUCUUCCACAGAUUGAAGAAUCCCUUGAUGCUUUGUGGGGAGCCCAGUGGUGACUUGGACAGUUGUUACAACCAAUUAGUAAUGGCUGAAAAGGAUAGACAGAAGACUGCUUUCUGCCAUCCCUUUGGGCUAUAUGAGUACAACUGGAUGCAAUUUGGUCUUUGUAACGUGCCAGGGACCUUCCCGAGACUAAGGAAGAAUUCUGAGAGAGUUUUCAGUCAGUUACUUAACCAAGACAAUGUGGUUGUGUUUUUUUCCUCAUUCCAGUAACACCUGGUUUGCCUUCAGCUUUUGUUCCAGGAGUAUUGUCUCAGGGAAAGAUGUAAGUAAAUAGAUUUGAGUAUUUAGUGUCAUACAUGGGACGUUAUCUCUCAUAGCAAAUUCUAAUGGAUCUGCCGGAUACGACUAGAACUUCUGAAGAGGUUAAUAGCUCACUGGCCGCAGGAGUUGGUGCUAAUCAUGCAGCUUUUUUGAGUAAACAAGGCUCCUCAUUCAUUUUACCAGUCUAUUCCACUGCCUUUUUGGCAGCCCAGCAGCAAGCAGAUCCAGUGAUUUUGGCAAUAUUACACCAGGACACAGGGAGGUAUGGAUCUUCUGAAUAAUCACAGUACACGAACCUAAGCCAAACGAAAGAAGACUACAAACAAAACAAAAAAUGCAAUCCAGCACAAAUGGUGAACAUGCACACAAGUGGAAGUAUAACAAUCAUUAGUCUCUGCGAUAAUAACAACGGGGAUUCGGUUGGGUAUGCUCUGGCUUAUGCUCCCUUUGGAUUGGUGGAUAAAUCUGGAUAAAUACUUUUAGAAUAUUCAAUAAAGGGUGUUGACGCGAAACGACUGUAUUAAAACGAAGUGACAGAUGUCAUUGUCAAGCUUGUGAAUAUGCAUAAAUGUUUCGAUAUAAAAAAAAAAUGUUGAUGGUGCAUAACAUAUUUAUUAGCAAUUGCGAAAGCACUUACGAAACAUAUGAUAUCAAAUAAAUCUCGUAUGAAAAUAUUACAUUUAUGUUUGACUUGAUAAAGUAACAAAUUUACCCCUUACUUUAUUAUUUGACGGCGUGGACAGAUUAGAAAGCAAAUAUAUACUCAGACCGAUUCUGACCUCCUUUUCGUGCCUGACUACCGUGUACACAUGUACUUCCGUAUCACAAACGCAUGAUCGGAACACUGGAACUGCCCCUACUGCAUGGUUGAUUAUUAGAUAUUGGGAAUUAUUGGGAGCAUUUCACUAACAGACAAAAAAAAUAACAAUACGACUGCUAAAAUUGGAAAAUAGCUGGCUGGCUAUGUCUAAACCAAAGCUGGUCGUGUUUGACCUGGAUUAUACUCUUUGGCCGUUCUGGGUAGAUACCCAUGUGGACCCACCAUUUCGUAAGGACAAAUCGGGAGUGGUGUUAGAUACUGGAAGGAAGAAGAUCCAACUGUAUCCUGACACAGUGGACGUACUGACUGCAAUACAUAGCCAGGAGAUACAGAUUGGAGUGGCAUCACGCACUGGAGAGGUAGACGGAGCCAAUCAGCUGUUAUCCCUCUUCAAUCUCAACCAGUACAUUUCCUUCAAGGAAAUUUACCCUGGGUCAAAGGUCUCUCACUUCAGAAAGCUCCAUGCAGACAGUGGGUUCAAAUUUAGUGAGAUGAUGUUCUUUGAUGAUGAACAUAGGAACAUCACAGACGUCAGUAAUCUAGGUGUGCACUGUGUGCUGGUUCCUAAAGGAGUGACUAUGAAAUUAGUGAAAGAGGAGCUUCUCCAGUUUUCCCAGGUUGUGAAAUGAACGCUUGGGCAAGGAUGAGGAAAGAUUUGAUGCAUUUAUGCAAUACAUAGACUUGACCUUUGGGGGCACUGUUGCACUGCCAUUAACCUGAUUUAUACUGAAUGUUAGAACUCAAUACCUCAGCACUUAAGGUUACUGCAGAGCAUUGUGUAAGAUGUAAAAAACCUUAUUUCCUUGACCUUCUAUGUGUUAAAUGUCUAUGUGUAAAACACAUAGAAGUUUUAUAGGUACUGUAUGUAUGGAAUUGGAAGUGAAGUACAUCUGUCUUAUCUUGAAUUUACCAAUUCAAUUAUAUGUAUUUAUUUAGAGAAAAAUAAAUAUGAAUCUUUUAA